AGGGUUCCUGUCAAAAAUUCAAUGUUAUAUCCUUUUCCAAGAAAAAAAAAUUUAGUGAAGAACUGAUCAUCCGAUAUGUGAAUGAAAUAUUUUCUUUUCUGUCUCAGGAUUAAUACAAUCUCGUGUACCUCUUCCUCUCUCUGCCUCUCUCUGUCUCUCUUUCUGUCUUUCCUCACAUGCUUCAUGCCUGUACAUGGAUUACAGUACUGUUACAGAGAUUGGAUUGAAAUCAAGGCAGUAGAAGCCUCUCCUCUCCUCUCCUCUCCUCUCCACUCACUCAUUAUUGUCUCAAUCAUGGCCGCUCCGACAUAAUUCCACCACUCGGCCACUACAAUCCCCCUGAUCAUGCCCCACCCAACACCAUGCUCAUGUCAUUGUAUUCAUCCAGCUCUCAAGCUAGCUACAUGCAUAAGGAAGCAAAUUAGGGCAAGGAAGAGAUAAGAGCAGCUCCCCUUUCCUAUAUAGCUACCCUUCCUUUUCCGUUCCCUCAUCAUCGUCGAUCGAGUAGAGAAAGAGAGAACAAGAGAUUCAAGUAGCAUAAUGUCAGCCCAAGCUUUGCCUGAGCACAUUUGCUAUCUCCACUGCCACUUCUGCAGCACCCUCCUUGUGGUAAGUGUUCCUGGGAACAGCUUGGUGAACAUCACUAACAUUGUGACAGUCAGAUGUGGGCACUGUUCUAACUUGCUGUCUGUCAACCUUGGAGCCUUGCUUCACACUCUCCCUUCGCAUGAUCAUCUCCAGAGAGGAAGCAUGCAACAAGAACAAAGAAUGGAAUGCGGUUCAACUUCCUUAGAACCGAUGCUCCCCAUCAGCCCACCAGAGAAGAGGCAGCGUGUGCCUUCUGCAUAUAACAAGUUUAUCAAGGAGGAAAUACAAAGAAUAAAGGCUAACAAUCCAGACAUCAGCCACAGAGAAGCUUUCAGCACUGCAGCAAAGAAUUGGGCUCACUUUCCUCACAUCCAUUUUGGGACAACAUUCGAUGGCGAUAAACAAGAGGAUGAUCAGGUGGAUGAACCGGUGGUUGCACCGGCAGGAGACCAGUUAGGUCAUCAGAGUUUCUUCUGAGAAUCAUAUAUAAUAAUUAGCAUGCAUAUGAACAUUAAUAAUCAAGUCGCAGUAUUGUUCCUAAAAAUCGAUGAUAUCUUCUCUAUUUAUGUGUGCUUUACUUUGUUAUGAUCGGUUGUUCCUUCAAAAGAAUAUGUUAUUCAAUUCAAUUCCUCUUAAUGUUGUUGAAAUCACACUGUUUGAGAA